GCCGGCGCAAAAGCCCGCAGACGAGCGGCAGGAGGCGGCUGAUGAGGAUGAUGAAGCUGGCGGUGUCGGUGCCCUCGGUGGGGCUGCGGGCAGCGGCGCCCGAGGGCAGCCCGGAGAAGGCGCGCACGGUGUUUCAAGUGGACGUCCUGUACAACGGCAGGAAGCAUUCCCUCAAGAAGCGCUACACUGAGUUCUACGCCCUCCAUAAAAAGAUCAAGAAGCGAUGCCAGGUGCCUGACUUCCCGCCGAAGCACGUCCCUAACUGGAUGGCCAAGGUGAUGGAGCAGCGACGUCAAGGCUUGGAAGCUUACCUUCAGGGCGUCCUCUCGCUCAACACGAAUCUUCCCAAGGAGCUCCUGGACUUCCUGAAGCUCGGGCAUUUCCAGCAGGACCCCAAAGCCAGCAAUUCAGACCCCAGUUGCCUGCUCUUCCACCGACCUGUUAUAAACUUCCGCAAUGAUCCCUAUAUACACCCGUUCUUGACCACAGAUCCGCUGCCCGACGUGGUCCUGAGUGGGGUGCUGCAGGGUCUCUAUUCUCCCGAGACCCUCGCCUGCCUGAAACCCACGUUCUUUGUGGGUACCCAACGGACGCAGCUCCCCCUCGACUUGGCUUCUGCUCCUUUGCUACCCGUCUAAGAAAACUCUUUGAGCGUGGAGGUGGCUGGUCUCUCCCAGAAACCCCUUCGACCUCCUCUUAUCGUGAAAUAAUAAAGGAUCUGGAGGAGAGGAAGGUGGAUGUUGACCUGCGGCAGGAAUUCUUGGGGCGCCACCCCGUGCAAAACCUCCCCUAAAGGCCAGAGAGAAAACGGACCCUAUUGUCUCGAACAGGCAUCACUUAGGCUGCGUUUGUCCUCACAUGAUUUGGGGGUGCCUCUAGGGGACGUGGUGGCGCUGCGGA